AUGUCCGACUCUGAGAAAGUUUUCAAACCAAACAAAAUCUUGAUGAAUCGUUUUCUCAAAUCUAUCUUCUUGAAUAAGUUGCACCCAGAUCUAGAUCUACACAUCCCCGCAGCGGCUACCCCACAUUUCGCCUUAUUGGUAUCGACCUUCCAUCCAGAGCGACUCCACUGUCAAAUCGAGGGCGGCUUUCUCCAUGGUUCAUACAAUGUCGGUCAGAAAGUGGUCUUCAGUGACGGCACGGCCUGGCUAGUCCGCUUCCCUCGUGUUGGGAACGUCUGUGAUGAAUACGGUGACGAGAAGGUCGCUAUGGAAGUUGAGGCGUUGAGUCUCAUCCGCGAGAAGACCACUAUUCCAGUCCCGCAAAUUAAGGGCUGGGGUCUUGCUGCUAGUAACCCCCUUGAUCUGGGUCCGUUUAUUAUAAUGGACUUCAUCGAGGGGGUAAGCCUCAAUAGUCUUCUUAAAGACCCUGAUGCUGAACUCGAUACAAGACUCAUGAAAGAGGAUAUUAGCGAUAAUGAUAUCGAGUUCAUUUACAGGCAAUUUGCCAAUUUUUUACUGCAGCUUUUCAAGCUCGAUUUUGAUCGGAUUGGUAGUCUACCAUCGCCAAAAACUAAAUUCCCUGUAUCGAUACGCCCGAUGACAUUCAAGGCUCAUGACAUCAUGCAGACUGGAGGAGUCAACACUUUUGGUGACCGAAGCAAGGGGUUUUCGACGGCGACCGACUACUUCCAGUACGUCGUUGGGCAAGACUGGGAACAACUUCUUCACCAGCCGAACUCGAUAGCUGGUGAAUGGGACGCCAGAGCCAAGUAUGCGUCGUUUAGCGUCCUAAAAUCCUUGAUACCGGAUUACAUUGAUAUGGAGUAUGAUCGUGGCCCUUUUAAACUUAUUUGCGACGAUCUUGGCUUGGCAAAUAUGAUUGUCAAAAGUAAGGAAGACCUCACGAUCAUUGGAAUGGUAGACCUUGAAUGGUCGUAUAUCGGGCCAGCCCAGCUGUUUGGCUCGGCGCCGUGGUGGCUUCUUCAAGAUCGAUUAACUAACUGGGAUACCUCUUUGGACAAGGAGUCGCCUGAGAUCGUCGCCCGGUUCUUCAAAUACCUAGAGAUUUUCAAACGUGUCCUGGAAGAAGAAGAAGAAGAAAAAUGCCAGGCAACCAAGAGAAAGAGCUCUCGAACCUCGUGCAGCGGUAUUGAGAAGUGGCAACAGCAGAAGGAAGAAUUCUACGAGACAGAAGGGAUGGAAACAUUCGUCACGCAAAAGUUGACCCAGUUGACCCAGUACGAAGAAGAUUUCGAGAAGGCGAAGGCUCAUAAAGCCGACAUGGACAACAGGGAGAUGACAAGGGGUAACUUCAUGGAUACAUUACUUAGCUGGAUGAAGAUGCUGGCCUAA